AUGAUUACUGAUGUAAUUGCAUACCGUCCUAUCAUUAAUAAGAUUGUUUUAUUUAAAAAAUAACCUAAUUAAUCAGUAAUUUAAUGGAAUCUAUUAAUUGAAAAUAAUUUAAUUAAAUGCGUUUCAUAUAAUAAGAACGAGGCAAUCAUGAGCAUAUUUUAAGAUGAGUAAAAACUUAUAAAUAGCUCUGAAUUGUCUAAUUUAUUACAAGAAUAAAGUAAAUAAAAAUUUUUAUUAUUUUCUCAAUUUCUUUUGAAAGGUGAUCUUAUUUAAAAUAUCAACCUUUGGGAUUAUUACAAAGAUUUUGCAUUUAAAAAUUAAAAAGAAAAAAAAUAAGAAGACUACGAAACCAUACUAGCAAGCUAUGAAUAAGAAAUAUUAAAAAAAUUAUUCAACAAUCUAAAAUCUGAAAAGGAUGAAAUUAUUGCAAUUUAUUCUGGAAUUUUAUAGUCUUUUGUAAAUUAUUUCAAUGACUCCUCAUUAAAAUAAAUAUUUUAGGAUGAUUAAUAAGCAUUAAUAAUUUAAUUUUUAAAUAAAUAUCAAAAAAUUAUAACAAUAACAAAUCACACAUACGAAAUGUCUAAAUUUGAAGUUACUAAAUUGUAUUUGCUUACACCUUACAUUCAAUAAUUUAAUAAUAAAGUUUAUUAAACUAACUUAUAAGAUCUUUAUACUAAGAUUGAUAAUUUUAUUAAAGCAUAAUUAAAAGACUUUUUAGGUGCAUUAUUAGAUUACUUCUUGAAUGCUAUAGAAUUCACUUGUUCCAUUUAUGAAGCUAGCAUAUUUUUAGAAACUAAAUAAUUGAAAGAUUUAGAGAAACUAAAAUAAAUUUUUUAAUUUGAUAAUUUUCAAAACAUUUUCCUAAAUUUUGAAAUUUAGUUUGAAUAAUUUAAUUUAAAUUUAAGUAUCUUUAAGGAAAAUUUUAUGAAAUCAAUCUACAAUGAAAAAUAGGUGUAAUAAAUAAAAGUAAUGCUAUAAGAUGAAAAUAUCAUAAAUAUUAUAGAUUAUAAUUGUUAUGGUGAAUGUAUUAAGUAAAUACAUAACAGACUGUAAAAUGAAAAAUUCUAAAAAAGAUUUAAAUUAUAUAAUACUAAAUUAGAAUCUUUAGAAGAUUUAUAAUCAAACUUUAUUGAUUGCUAGUUUAACAUAGUAAUUUUAUAAUAUCUAAAGUUAUUCUACAAAAUACAAUGUUAAUAUCUUUAGGUAACGAAUCAGUAAUUUUAAAGUUAUCUAAUAAAAACAGACUAGAAAUUAGAAUAGGGAUAUAAAGAGAGAGCAGCAUAAAUCUUAACUCUAUAAAAAUAGAAAAUUUCUUCCUUGUAAUGUUUUAAAGAUGAUUAGAGUUUUUAGGUUAAUUGCAAAAGCUUAUUGGCUUAAAUAAAAAAUGAUUUUCUUAUAAUAAAAAGUGAGAGUGAUAAAUUAUCAAAUAAAAGUUUAAAUCAAUAGUUGUUAAAACUAUUAACUGAUACUUAAUUUAGAAUCUAUUAAAUUAUUAAUUAAACUGAAAAUAUAUCAGAAAUAUAAAACAUUAUAAAAAAUUAUGAUGAAAAAUUAGAAUAAAUUAAUAAAUACACUGAUCCUUUAACAAAAAAUAUAAGUUAAGAUUUAGAUGAUAAAAAUUUUGAUUUCUAUGUUUAGUUUUAAGAAAGUAAUGAUAAAUUCAUUACAUAAACUAAAAUAACGAAAAAAUAUUAUAAAUAAUAUAAACAGCUAUUAAAUCUUUAGUUAGAUUUGAUAUUUUAAUAAUAUCCAAUUUUUAGAGAUAUUGAAACAACAAAAAAGUAAAACUUAUAAGAUGAUAAAUUGUCAAUGUAAUAAAAUCAACUUUAAGAUUAAGAACAACAAAGUAUUAGCAUUUUUAUUUAAGAAUUUAAGGAUCGAAGAGAUAAUUUUUUUAGUGAAAAGCUAAAAUCUUAAAUAUCGAAUAGUUUAUUUAAUCCAGUUUAUUAAAAGAAAGAAUAGAUAGUUAUCAAUUUGAAACUAACAAAUUUUUUAUCAUUUUUUUAUUCAAUGUUUUUUAGUAGUCAAUUUGAGUAAUUCAUCAAAGGAGAUAAUGUAAAUGACUCAAUAUGGUAAGAUAUUAAAAAUGCUUAUAAAGAUAUUAAAGAGAAUAUUUUUGAUUUGAUUAAAUUGAAACCUGAUCAUAAAGUAAGGGAAGGAUUAGUAUACAAUUUAAUAAGACUAUAACAUGGUGUCUAAGAAUAAUAGAUAACUUCUUUUUCAUGUAAAUUUUUAUCUUAUAUUUGGGUCUUUGAAAAAGAUUAAAGAGUGAGAAAUUUAUUAAAAAAUAAAGAAUUGAUUGAAUUUUAGAAGCAGCUUUUUUCUUAAACUUUAGAUAAUUUAUCAGGAUCAAUAAAAGAUGAACUUAAAGAAAGAAUGUAGAAAUUAGAAAAUUUGUAAUAAUAAAUAAAGCUAGAAGGAAAUCAAUAAAAAAGAGAGUAAUAUUAAAUAUUGUUAAAGAAAUCUUAUGAUGAAUUAGAUGAAUCUUUAGAUAAUAUUUCAGAAAUGUCAGAAGCUAUGAAUAUUAGUUUAAUAUUCCUUAAAGAUAUUUCUAGAGAUAUAAAGUAAAUAAAAGUUUAAAUUGAUCAUUUAUAAGAUAGUAUAGAUUAAGUAGGUGAUGAUAUCCGUAAAUUAAGAGGAAAAACUUAUUAAGAAUUAUUAGCAAUAAGAAAAUAAAAGAUAUUAGCAUAAUCAAAAUUAGCAGAUGUAGAUUCAGUUUAUGUCUAAUUGAAUACAAUUGAAUAUGAUCCGGUGAAUGGAGAAAAAAUUCUAUAUGAGGAAAAAGAGUCGACUUAGUUAUUGGUGGAUUAAUGGGAUGAUCCAAAAGGAGAGGUUAAUGAAUUUAUUUGGGAAGAUGAAAUUUAAAAAGAAAGAGAAAAAAAUAAUCUAGCGAAAUAAGCACUUUAAGAUGAUUAAGAAGAAAAUAAAUAAACAAAUUAAGCAGAAAAUAAAUAAAAAAAUUAAGAAGAAAAUAAAUAAAAAGAGAAAAAAGAUGUGAUGUUAAUUUCUGGAAAUGCUGGAUCUGGCAAAAGUAAAGCAGCCAGAAAAAUUGAAGAAUAUCUAUGGCUUUAAUAAGGAAUUCAUUCAAAAUGGAUUCCUAUCUUUGUUUCACUGCCUACUUUAAAAAAUCCAAAGUAUAAUUUAUUCGAGUAAGCAUUAGAAUCUGAAAAUUAUCAAUUUGAUAAUUAUUAAAUUAGAGAUUUUAAAGAAGCUAUAUAAAAUGGAAAAGAAAGUAUAAUAUUGAUCUUAGACAGUUAUGACGAAAUGAAGUAAGAUUGUAUUUAAUAAAAUUUAUUGAUGACAAAUAAGCUGUUCCAAGAUUUGAAUAUUUAUAAAGUAAAUCGUUAAAUGAAAGUAAUAAUUACAACAAGAAAAGAGAUAUUGAAUACGGCAGGAUACUAAACUUGGUUUUAUGGAGAGAGCAUUUCAACUUUAAAAGAAGUUUAAUUACAAAAUUUUAAUGAGGCCUAGUAAAAUGAAUAUUUAAAUUAAUAUGUUGUAUUAAGCAUCAAAAGGAAAAUAAAAGAAGUUUAUGAAUUUGUUAAAUCUGUUUCUGGAUAAACCUUUGAUUUGGAAGAAUUUCUAAACAUAUGGAGUUUAAUUUCUUCAUAAAUUACAGAUUGUAUUAAGAAAUCUGAAAUUAAUUUAUCAGAUGGAAUUUUCCAACCUAAAGAAGAAGAAGCAAUUAUUAAAAAAGUAAAAACGCAUAAGACUUUGGAAGUAUUAAAAGAAGAAUAAACUACUACAUUACAAAAAGAAUUGUUAGCUUUAUGGAAUGUAAAUAAAUUUAAAAAAUCAAUCCAAAGUAUUAAUAUUCAAUAAUUAUUAACUACUCCAUUUAUGUUAGAAAUUAUAGUUUAAGUAUUACCAAAUAUGGCUAGAAUGUACACAGGAUCUUCAAUAAUAAAAGAUAAUUUGAUAAAGAAUUAUAUGAAAUUAUAAAAAUAAGCUAACAUGUCACUAACUGCAAGAGAAUUUUAUUAAAAAGAAUAUUAACCAUUUAAUCGAAAUAAUAUAUAAAACUAAAAAAAGUUUGAAGAUGAAAAAAUACUUAAAGAAGAAAAUGAUCAAGAAUAUAAUAAUUACAUUGAAAAAACAAAAAUAGAUAAAAUAAUUGAUAAUUUAGAAAGUUAGAAUUUCUUCUAAAAUUAUUCAAUUGUUAGUACAUUAAAUUAUAAUGAUGACACUAUUAUUUUUGAUGGCUAUAAAGUAAAAUUAAAUCCUGAUGAUAUAAAUUUAGUAAUAAUGUCUUUGAAAAUGAAAAAGUUUACAGUUUUUGAGUUCUAUGACAGCUUUAUUAGUUUUUAUCAUGAAUAAUAAAUUCAUAAAUAAAGAGAUUCUGGUAAAAUAUCAAAUUAUUAAAAUUUCAAAUAUGACAUUUUUUAAUUCUCUUAUUCUCUAGCCAUCGAUAUGACAAUAAGAGAAUUAUCAUAAAUAAACUACAAACCAUAAGGAAAAUUAGAUUUAAAAAGUAAUUAUAAAAUUGAAUAAGUAAUUGAUGAUUGGUUAAAAUAAUAUUUUGAUGUAGAAGAUGAAUACAAAAAGUUAAUAAGAAGUUGUAUCUUAUUAAGUGCAAAAGGUAGUUCAUAUUCAUUUACACAUAAAUCCAUUUAAGAAUUUUAUGUGGCUAAAUAUAUUUAUGAUCUUUUAGUAGUAUUGUCUAAUUUUAAUAACACCUAAAAUGGUAAUGUAAACAUUGAGAAAAAUAAGUAAAUAUUAUUAAAAUCAGUAUUUAACGAUCAAAAAUUUAAUAUUUCGACAGAAAACUUCAAGAAUGUAAUUAACUUUAUUAAAGAAAUGUUAAUUAACGAUGAUAGUAUAAUUUAAAAGUUGAUAGAAAUAGUAUAGCUUUCAAAAAUAAAAACAUAUUGUAGAUCUGCAUCAAAUAGUAUAUAUCUAUUAAAAUAUAUGAAUGUUUUUUUGGGAUCCAAAGAUUUUAAUAACAUUGAAUUAGCCAACACAAAUAUUUCAGGUUUAAGUUUUUUUGAUUGUGAUCUAAGUCAUUCAAAAUUAGAAAAUGUAGAAAUAAAUUCAUGCAAUCUUAAUUUUGCUGAUUUAUCAAAUGUAAAAUGGUUGAAUGUUAUAUGUAAUGAGAAACCAUUUCUAUAAGGACACAAAAAAAGAGUCACUGAAGUAAAAUUUUCAUAGGAUGGUUAAUAUAUCGUAUCAGCAGGAGAAGAAAACGAAAUAAAAUUAUGGAAUGCAGAAUCCUUUAAAUAUAUUUAAGAUUUAGAAGGACAUACAGGUCCAAUCAAUUCUUUAUCAUUUUCAUCAGAUUCUUCAAUACUUUUGUCUGGUAGUGAUGAUCUUACUAUUAGAAAAUGGAAUUUAAAAGAUGCUAAAGAUCCUCAAAUAAAAAUUAAAAGUGAAAUCUUAGUUUAACUGGAAAGUGAAAUCUUACAAAUAUAAUUAUCUAAAGACUAAAAAAAAUUAUAUGUAUUAGAUAAAAAAGGGCUUUUUUAAAUUUUGACUCUAUAAAAAGAUGAUUUAAGUUUCAUUGAUAAUUAUGUUUUCAAAAUAGAAAAAGCUUAAAUGGAGUUAUUUGCAUUAAAUCCAAUAGAACCUAUAGUUGCUAUUGCAUAUGAAAAUGAUGAAAUUGAAUUGAUAAAUUAUUCAUCAAAAUAGUAAGAAAUACUUAAAACUUUUAUUAAUCAUAUUAAGGCUGAAAUACUAAAUAUGUUAUUUAGUCCAGAUGGAAAUUAUCUUGCUAUAUCAACAGGAAAAAGCGUUUUAGUUUGGGAUAUUAAAAAAAGUACAAAUUAAUUUAUAAGUGAAUUUAAUUUCAAUUAUAUUGAACUAAAAAAAAUAUAAUUUGAUUAGAAUAGCGAAUAUUUAAUUUUUAUUACCGGUAGUUUUGUAUUUAAGUAAGAAAUAAAAUAAUAAAAAAUCGAAAACUAGGAGAAAAAAGAAAUUUGUUUGGAAAUUGCAACUGAUCAAUUUGGAAAUUUAUUUGCAAUCGUAUAAGAGAAAAAAAUCAUCAUAAAAGAAGUUGAAUAAAUAAUAUAUUCAAAAGAUUUUGAUUUGUAACCAAAAUAAUUGAAAUUUUCUAGUGAUGGCUCUAAAUUAUCAUUCUUUUUAUUACAAGAAGAAACUAAAAAAAGUUUUUUAAUUUUGGAUAUAUAAAAACAAGAAAUAAUAUGUACCCUUAAUUGGAAUAAUUAAUGGCAACAUCUUGGUAUUUCAAACAACUUUGAAAAAUUACUAAUUCUAUUUAAAUAGUUAGAAAAUGAAGCUAUUUAAAUGGAAGGAUGUUAAAUAAUGGAUACAAACACAAUAAAUUAAGAUAAUUAAAAUGAGGAAUUCGAUUUUGAAGUUGAAAAGUUUUGUGUUAAAGCAAAUAGUUCAUUAGUUGCAUACAUAACUUUUGAAGCAGAAUCCAUAAAAAUUUAUGAUAUAAAUUUAAAUAAGCAUAUAUAAGAUCCUCUUGAGAAUGAUAAGAAAAAAGUUUAUGAUUUUUAAUUCUCGCCUUCUUAAAAUUAACUAGCUGCUGUUUAUAAGGGAGAAUUGGUAAUCUGGAAUUUAGAUUCAAAACCAAUUGCAAUCAAAAAAAAGAUAUUUUAAAAUGAUUUAGAAAUUUAAUCUAUGAAUUAUUCUCCUGAUGGUACAUAAAUAGGAUUAGUAUUUCAAGAAUCCUUUUAGAUUUAUCAUUACAUUCGAGAUAAUUUAUUUGAAAUAAAAGAUAUUUCAUCAUCUAAAGACGUAUCAUUUUCAAUAGAUAAUAAAUUCAUAGGUUUUAUAAAUUAAAAUUAAAGAAUUAUGAUUUUAAAUAAAGAUCAGAAUAAUUAAAAUAAAUAAUUAGAUUAUCCUAAUAAACUUAAAUUAAUAUUUACAUAAGAUAACAAAGCUAUCAUAACUGGAGGCGAAAAUAAGCUUACUUUAUUGAAUUCUUCAUCUUAUUAAAUAAUAAAAGAAAGCUUAACUUUUAUAAAUUUUGAUACUAUAACUUUUUCACAUAAUUUAAAUUUAAUUUGCUUACAGAAAGAUAGAGUCUUAGAAUUAUGGGAAUAUUCAGAAGAAGAAUUUAAAUAUUCAGGAUCGUAAUUAUAUGAUCUUCCAAUUAAAUAGUUAUGUUUUAUAAAUAAUGGUUAGCAGAUAUUAAUAUUAAAUUAGAAUUCAAAAUUAAAAUUAUAGAAAUCGAAUUGCUUUUAAAAAUAAUAAAUAUUUUAAGGAAGUUUUUGUGCAGGAGCCAUUUCAAAUACUGGAUUAAUUGCAUUAGCAGAUAAUGAUGUAAUUAAAAUCUACGAUUCAAAAUUUUAAUAAAUAUAAACUUUAUUUUAUGAAAGAACAAAAUAUUUAGAGUUUUUUGGAAUAAAUUAAAAUUAGUUAUUAAUUCUCUUAUUGGAAAGGAUAAUCAUUUAUAAUUGUAAGAAUGAUGAAGAAAGUAAAAUUUAUUUAAAUUUUUCUGUUUAAAAUGAAUAUCAAGUCAAUUUAUUUAAUGAUAUAAUCAUAUUUUAAUAAGAAAACGUUGUAUGGAUCUGGAAUAUAAGUAACUAUAAUAAAAUUUAAUUAUGUGGAUAUCAUGAAUAUAUUAAUUGCUUUUCUAUUUUAGAAAACAGGAAAUAUGGACUAGGAAUAAAAGAUGGAUAAGAGAUUAAAAUAAAGGAAGCAUUUAAUAUAGUAUUUGUUCAUCCUUGUGAAAAUGCUUAAAUUUAUGAAAUAAUAAUUAAUAAUGAAUAAUGCAUUGUUUUGAAUUAAUUUAGAAAUCUUUUAGUUUAUCAGAUAGAUUAAAAAUCAACCAUCAAUUUUUAAGAUAAUGUUUUCGGGAUUACAUAUUUUAAAGAAAGAAAUUAAAUAGCAAUAAAAACAAAAAAUAAAAUUUAAUUGAUUGAAUUUUCGAUGAAUUAAUUUAAUAUCAUUGAUAUCUUUGAUUUUGAUAAUUAUUCAGAAUAGCUUUGCAACCUUUCUUUUACAAAGAAUGGAGAGGCAAUAUUGAUAAAUUCAAGAAAAUUUAUACAUUUAAUUGAUAUUUCAAAUAGUAGAAAAAUGAAUUAUUAACUUUUUUAUUUUUCUUAUGAAGAAUUAAGAUCUAAUCAUAUACCUCAAUAAGCACAAAUAUUUUCAGAACUAGAAUCAUCUAAUAUAAAACAUUUUUUAGUAACGAUUAAUAGAGGUAGUAUAUUUAAAAUAUAAGAAUUAUAGAAUUGUAACAAAACAGUAAUUUUUUUUGAAAGUGAUUUAAAACAAUUUGAAUUGAGUUUAGAUGAAAAAUUUAUUUUUUUUGUUAUUAACAGAGAAGGCUGGAUUUUUAAUAAUAAAAUUUAUGGAUUUAAAACAACAAAUGAUUAUUAUAUUUAGAUUAACUCUUGUUGUAAGGCGAUUGGAGGAGAUUCAUAUAUAUUUCUUAAAAAUUAAAAGAAAAUCGUUUUAUUUUAAGCUUAAACAGCAUCUUCUAUAGAAAUUGAUAUAAAAAUAGAUGAAGUAACUUGCAUUGAGUUCUUAUCAUAACAGAAUGUAUUAGUUUUAAGCACAGUGAAGAAUAAUAUUAUAUUUUACGAUUAUAAAGCUAAAAAGAUUAUUGGAACACUGAAAGGACAUUGGAAAACAAUUAAUUCUAUGGCAGUUUCACCGAAUGGAAAUGUGCUUGCAUCAGCAAGUGAUGAUUAAUUAAUAAAAUUAUGGAAUAUUAAUUAAAAUGAAACAUAGGAAGUUAUGUAAGCUCAUUUAAAUUCAAUAAGUUCAUUAGCUUUUUCUUAAGAUGGAUAAAUACUUGCAUCAGGAAGUUUAUAGAAUUUAUAAGAUGAAGUUCCAAUAUUUCUUUGGGAUCUUAUUGAUAAAAAAUUAGUUGCUUAAUUAAAUGGACAUUAAUGUUCUAUUAAUUGUUUGGAAUUUUCUAAUUGUUCAAGAUUUUUAAUUUCAGGAGAUGAAGAUGGAGUAAUAAUUAUUUGGAACAUUCAAUAUCCUAAAACAGCAUAAAUAAUAUACAUUAUGGAUGAAUUAAAUAUUUGCAUAAAUUCUCUUAGCAUUUCUCCUAAAGAAUAAAACUUAAUUACAAUUUGCAAUUUAGAUAAUAUAUAAAAAUGGAACUAUUAGAAAAUAGAUAAAUUAAAAUAGAAAAUCAUAUAUUUAAAAAUAUAAAAGAAACCAGUUCGCUAAAUCAAUUAAAUAUAUAAUUUUAUUUCAGAUGAAUAAUUUAUUUAUGUUGACUCCACUUUUAAUUUAACAAUCUUAAAUAUACAAACUUAAAAAUCAGAAAUUUUAGAAAAAAAUAAAUACAUUUUUUAAAUUAUACCAUCAUAAGUUCAAAAUUUUAUUUUAAGUUUUGAAAAAUCUGGAACAUUCUCUUGGUAGAAAAACCAGGAAAAAAAAUGGUUCAAAUAAAAUAUCUAUAUUCCUAAGUCAAGAUCAAAUUUUAUUUUACUUAGUCCUGAUGGUAAAUUUUUAUAUAUAAUUGAAAAUAAAAGAAAAAAAAAAUUGGAUAAUAAAAAAUCAAGAAGAAUUUAGAUAUACGAUAUGAAUAAAAUUAAUUCUUAAUUUGAAAAAAUUAGAUAUGAAUUUGAUUAAAAGGAACCUUUAUAAGGGAUUUUAUCAUUAGAUUUAACUCUAGCUAUAGUUAUUUAUCAUUCAGAAAUUAAAAUAUUAGAUAUAAAAAAUAGAAAGAAUAAAAAGAUAUUGAAAAUAAGUUUAGAACCAAGAAAUAUUGCAAUUUCUGAUGAUAAUAAAUAUUUAGCUUUUUGUUAUCAAAUACCUGGUUAAUAAAAUUAAUCUUUAAAAAUAAGUAGUAGCAUUUAUAUAUGGGAAUUUUAAAAUUAAGAUAUCUUGAUACCAUUAGAAAUUCCAAAUUAAAACUUGCUAGAAGUUGAAAAUUUUUAUAUUUCUAGAAUUGAUUCAAACAAAAUAUAUGCAAUCUAUUCAGAUGGUACUGUUAGAAAUUGGAAUAUAUAGACUCAAUAGGCAGAAUUAAUCAAUCUCUCGGUAAAAAUUCCUCGAAAGGCAUAAUUAAAAUUUUCUAGUAACUUUUAAUAUUUAAUAACUUGUGAUUAUACUUGUAUAUCUGUAUGGUAAAUUAAAAAUCCUUAAAAUUAUUUUGAGAUAAUUAGUGAUAAUUAUUUUUAGAUAGUUUUUUCCAAAAAUGAUGAAAUUUUUACAAUAGCAGUUGCUUAAGAAAAUAAAAACAAUUAAUUUGAAAUUAUUUUGAAGAAUUAUAAUAAACAAUGUCAAAUUUAAAUUUAAGAAAAUAUAAAAUUUUUGAUUGCUUUUACAAAUAAUGAUAAAGGAUUCAUUAUUUGCUCAUAUAUGAAAAUAUAUCUGUGGAAAAUCGAUGAAUUACUAAAUUAUGAAUUAAUAGGAUAAUGGUAAUUACCAGGAUUAGAAGAAGUAAUGGAAUUUUUUGGAUAUGAUUUUUAAUAAUAAGAAUUAACUGUAUUAUAAAUGAAUGAAAUUAAAGUAUUUAAAUUAAUUCCAGCUAUGCAUUUAAUAGACUUUGAAGAAAUAACAAUUCAAUCAACUUGUUUUUCUCCUGAUAGUAAGUAUUUUAUUUCUAUAGAACCUUUCUUAAAUAUAUAUUAAAUAGAAAAUCUUCAACCAUUAAUUCAAAACAAAGAAUUUACAGGAUAAAUGAUUCGAUUUUAAUCGAAUGAAAUUUUAGUAAUUUUGAAUAAUAAAGAGCUGUAAUUUAUUAAUAUUUCUAAGAUUGAUUAAAUAGAAGAAAUUAAAAAGAUUACCUAUUAAAAUUAAAUCCGUGACAUUGUGUUUAGUUUAAAUUAUUCAUUCAUACAAUAUAAAGUUUUUGAAGAUUCAGAAAAAAUAAAAUAAAAUAAUACUGAAACAAAAUAUACAUUAAAUCAAAAUAAUAAAUUAAACUAAAAUUUUUUCUUAGGCAUUUUUAAUUCAACAAAAAAACCACUUUUUAGUUAAAAUGAAUAGUAUUUUUUAUUGGAUAAUCAUCCACAUAAUAUCAGAAUAAUCAAUAUUGAACAUAUAAAAUGCUUAAGCUCUGAAUAAUGUAGUAUUUUAGAUAAAAAAAUUAAUCAUGGUUAGAUAUUUUAUUCUCCAUGUGGAGAACUAAUAUAUUUAUUUACACAUAAUAGUAUUUAAAUUUUAGAUUCUAAGACUAUGAAUUUAAUGAAUUAAUAGGACUUAGAUUUUGAGGUAAAUGAGAUUUAAAUAUGUUAAAAUUGGAACUAUUUUGCUUUAAUGGGUUUAAAUUUUGUCAAAAUUUAUAUAUUUUAAAAUAACAAAGAGUUUAAUAUUUAUAGGACGAUUGAAGAAAAUAAAAAUACUAUUAAAUGUAUUGCAUUAUCCCCUAAAGGAGAUCUUUUAUUAACAGGCUUAUAAAAUUAAUUAGACUUUACAAAUUCCAUUUCACUAUGGAAUAUAAAGGAAUGUAAGAUAUUAUGUUCAAAUAAUUAAAUACAUGAUUAAAUACAGAUUCUUAAAUUUUACCCAAAUGGAACUAAUUUUGCAGUUGGUUUAAAAGAUGGAUCUGUUAAUUUAUUUUCAAUUGAUAUUAAAUAAACUAAUUACUAUAAAAAAAUAGAGUCGAAGAAAAAUGAAAAUACUUAAAAUUAAAUUAGCUAGAUUAAUGAUUAGUAUAAAAUCUUUUGUUAUUAAUCAUUUUCAUAGUAAUCAUUAUUGUAUGCUCAAGAAUGUAUUUUAUCAGAAUCAACUAUUAUGUCAGAUCAAAAAUCAAUUAUUGAAAUAUUACAUCAAAAAGGUGCAAAAGGUUGA